UAGACGGAGGGAGAGAGAGACAGCGAUGGCUGGUAAGGAAGAAAACCGAAUAUUUGUUGGAGGGUUGUCGUGGAAUGUCACCGAGAGACAGCUACAGCAUGCCUUCGGUCGCUACGGCAAAAUUCUCGAGUGUCAGAUGGAUUGUUUUAGAGAUGUUUUGGUCAGAGUGAUUGCAUUCAAGUUGCUGAACCUGAAUGUUAUUCUUGUGAUUAGAUUAAGCAGGCUGUUGUGUUUAGAAUUUUCAAUUCAGGAAGUACUCAAAUGACAGAUGGUUUUUGGAUAUUUGGUUGGGAUCCACAAGAGAAUCUCAAAUUUGGAAUGGAUAUAUAUAUGGAUUUGAGAACUGGUGGACAGAUAAAGAGACUCGCAUGAUGUAUUGGACAUUGAUAAGUACCGUUGCAGAGCUUACCGAGGUCUGUCCUGGUUUUUCUGGCCAAGGAACUGAAGAGUACUAAAAUGAUUGUUGUUUGGUCAAGUGGUAUCUCCGGUCAUUCCCUUGAAGAAUCUUAUUCGUUUUAGCCAAAUGAAAGGAUAUGGGUCUUCUUUAUGAAUUAGUUGUAUCAGUUUUACACUAGUAAGGCUAAAUUUCGAAUAUCUAAGGCUUUGUGAGGAAAAAAAAGCUUAAUGGAUUCAAACUAAUGAUGGUUCUUGUCAGUUUGAUUUUCGUAUCAGAGGAUCAAAGGGGUAUAUUUGAUUCUAAUCAUAAUUUGAUUUGAGGUCGUAUCUACAAUGGUCUUAAGAUUUUGAAUCAAUUUUAGUUGCCUAAUAAACGAUGCUGCAGUUUGUCUGAGCCUGCAACUGCUUUGGGUUGCAAUGAGAUCCUCACAUCUGCUAGUGCAGCUGGCUCAUGGUGUCCAAGGUUCCUGAAUUUGAGCUGUGUCCAACAAAAUACCUCUGCUUUUAGUGAGUAAAUUCAUUGUUUCUUUUUGAGCAUGGGUUUGGUUGCAUGGAUGGACCAGACCUUUGUCUUUACUUGUUAAACCCGUUUAUGCUAUGGUCCCUGUCAACAACUCUCAAACUAUCAAUUUCAAGUUUUGCCAUUCCAUGUUACGCAUUUCUACUCCAGCAACCAUAGACUAUCCAUGCAGUCGAGCUUAAUUUAUUACAAAUUUUCCACAUAUACUCAUCUUGACUGGACUGCUCUGGUGCCUGAAACUAUACGCGUCUAGAUUAUAUUGAUGAUUCAUGACUUGGAAGUAAUGACUGGAUCACCAACUUCAUAAUCCGUAAAGAAAAGUUUUGUGUUGGUGCAUCUUCUUUUGGCUGCCUGAGAUGCUAUAUCGAUUCAAAUCUGAUGUCUGGGCAUCUUCACAGAUUUUUUCAUCUACUUUAACUCUUUGGCAAUGCUAUGUCCAACGGCACAGAGAUCUAGUGCAUAUAACCUGUUGUCAUGCCAGUUGAAAGUUUUCCAUAUUAGCGAUAGCUUGGAUGCCUAGUCUCUGUUUUCUAAGGUUAGAUUUGUUCAGCGUCAAUUUUAUCAGCUGGAACAGAUUCUUAUUUUCACCAUCUUUCAACAGUGUAAAUGACUGGUUUUUUGUAAUCAUUUCGCAUUUCUGGUUGAUGAACCGAUGAGGAAAGCAGCAGCAUCAUCAUCAGAAAAGUUAGGCAGUAGUCUCCGAAAUGAAGAUCUGGUCUGAUUUGUUAUAUGCUGACAGUAUAUAUGUGUUUAUUCUGGAUUCGGGACAGGUUCAUGGUUCAAAAAAAAUGUCUUAUUCUGAGGUUAUCGCUGCCCGAUGUCCACCCUGUGUUUGUUUCUGGGAGAGAUUGAUUUUGACUGAUACAUGGGUACCUCCAUAUUUUUCGUCUUUAGAUGUUUGUUGUUGAAAUUAAUGACAUCUUGAUCAGAAGAUACCGAAUCUGUUUGUACACUGUCACUACUGAAAAGAUUAAGUGGGAUUUUCUAAUCAUUUGUUUACAUUCAUUCUUGACUGUGUGGUGGGUUAAGACCAGUGUUUAUACUCCAACUGGUAUCUCAGAUUUUGUGGGAAAUUCAGUUCAGUGUCAUGUUUAUUGUCAGAUGACAGACAUUUACCAUCUGGCUGAUUCUUCUGGUUUGUUUAAGAAUUCUUUGCAAUAUGAAACAAUUGCGUUGCCUUAUCCUUAGUGGAAAAGAAAAAUUAUGUUGGAAAGAGAUACAGGCCGUCCACGUGGAUUUGGGUUCAUUACUUAUGCAGAUCGUCGUGGAAUGGAAGAUGCAAUACGGGAGAUGCAUGGACAGGAGUUUGGUGAUCGGGAAAUCUCUGUGAACAAGGCCCAACCCAAAAUGGGGGGAGAAGACUUAGACCAUGGCUAUAGGGGAGGAGGUUACUCAUCUGGUGGCAGAGGAAGCUAUGGAGGAGGAGAUAGGUCUGCUGGGCAAGAUGACUGUUUCAAGUGUGGGCGCCCGGGUCAUUGGGCCCGGGACUGCCCUUUAGCAGGUGGUGACCGAGGUGGGGGUGGAGGUUCAUUUUCUUCUCGUUCUAGGUUUGGAGGGGCUGGUGGCCGUGGGGAUCGCUACAUGGAUGAUCGUUAUGAUGGAGGUCGCUAUGGAGAUAGGGACCGUUUUGACAGCAGAGACAGCAAAUAUGGAAGCCGUGAUCAUCGUCAUGUCGGUGACAGGUAUCCUCCUGGGGGAGAUCGCUUUGCAAGUGACAGGUAUGGUGGUUCAGAUCGUUACCCUCAGAAUGGUUAUGGCAAAGACAGGGGCUAUGAUAGGGACGGCGGCUCACGAGGAGGCAGCGAUAGGUAUGGAAGUGGAGGGCCAGCAAGGACUGAGGGAAGAAGUUAUAAGAACAGGUCGGGGCCCUAUGAUCGCCCUGACAGGGCAGGGCGCCCAUCUUCCUUUGAUCGCUACUAGAUGUUUUGUGGUUAUGCCCUUUUGAAGCUUUGAGAUGUACACGCUAUGCUAGUAGGCUUUGGUUUUCGGUUUUUUCUUAACUAGGACAGCAGGUUUGAUGGAUUACUUGCCCCUUUCAUCUGUUAAUUUCCCUUAUUCUCGUUGCAAAACUGAAUGAAUGCUUGACUACCAUUCUCCAUUUGGACUAGGCAAAACUCCCCUUCAUACAAUGAUUUUAUACUUAUUUUUUA